GCGGCUGGCUUCUGUUUUCCUUACCUUCCCCGCCGCGUUGGAGUUUGUUUCGGUUUCUUUGGCAGAUGAAUGUAGGCAAUGUUGAAGUUGUCUACCAGGCCUUCAAUCCGUCUUCUGAUACAAUCCUGCAAAACCCUUUGCCAUCUUCAGCAGUUCCACGCUCACAUUAUUUGCAGAGGCCUCGAGCAAGACCAUUGGACCAUCUCCAAUUUACUGAAGCUAUUAACGUCACUGUCGGCGUCUCUUUCGUACUCGACCUCGGUUUUCAACAGAGUGAUCGCUCCUUCCACCUUGCUAUACAACGUUCUGUUGAAAGGUUAUUCUCGGAAUUCCCGCUCCAGGGAGUCAUUUCUGCUAUAUACGAGGAUGAAGAAGAGUGAUAGUGCGUCCCCAGAUGAGUACACACUCUCUUCCCUCCUGACCUUGUGUUCGCGUGAAUGUAAGUUGAGAGAAGGUCAAAUUGUUCAUGGGUCGGCGAUUAGAUACGGGGUCGCAGUUGACAUGUUCGUGGGUUCGGGUUUGAUUGACUUUUAUGGUAAAUGUACUGAGAUGAUAAGUGCAGCUAAAGUGUUCGACGAAAUGCCAGAUAGAAACGUUGUCUGUUGGACAGCACUGGUUGCUGGGUAUGCAAAUGCUGGGGACAUGGGCAAUGCUAGAAAUGUGUUUGGCCGAAUGCCAGUGAGGAAUUCGGUCUCCUGGACUGCUAUGAUCAUUGGGUUGGUCAAAACCGGAGACAUUGUUGGUGCGAGAAAGUGGUUUGAUGAAAUGCCUCGAAAGAAUGUGGUUGAUUAUACUGUUUUAAUUGAUGGAUAUGCCAAGUCCGGAGAUAUGGCUUCUGCAAUGGCAUUGUUCGAAUCUUGUCCAGAGAAAGAUAUUGUGGCAUGGUCAGCAUUGAUAUCGGGAUUUGCUCAAAAUGGUAUGCCAAAGCAGGCUUUGGAAAUGUUUAAAGAAAUGGAGUCUGGGGGUGUUAAACCUGAUGACUUCAUCUUGGUGAGCUUGAUGUCAGCUUGUGCACAGAUAGGUAGCUUGGAUUUGGCCAAAUCGGUUGAUCACUACCUGAGCGAAACCUCGAUUGAUGCUUGUCAAGCUCAUGUCAUGGCUGCCCUUAUUGGCAUGAAUGCAAGGUGCGGGAACAUGGCUAGAGCAGAAGUAUUGUUCAACAGAAUGCCUCAGCAUGAUCUGAUUACGUACUGUUCUAUGAUAAAAGGAUAUUCAAUUGAUGGACGUGGUGAUCAAGCAAUUGAACUAUUCAAUAGGAUGCUAGAUGAGGGGUUGGUUCCGGAUGAGGUUGCCUUUACAGUGAUUUUGUCAGCUUGUAGUCGAGCUGGCCUUGUGGAAGAGGGUUGGAAUUUUUUCACUACUCUCACGGAUAAGUACUCCUUAGUCCCAACUCCUGACCACUACGCAUGCAUGGUUGAUCUUCUGAGUAAGGCAGGACGGCUUGAAGCUGCUUACCAGCUUCUAGUAUCGUAUCCUUUAGAGCCUUAUGCAUGUGCUUGGGGUGCACUUCUUGGAGCUUAUCGUUGGUUGGAUGUUUCUCUUCUUAGAGAAAAGAUGAAGGAGAGAGGGCUUAGAAAAAUACUGGGUUGCAGUUGGGUAUAGAGCUUAAACUGUGGAUUCUUGGUGUUGGCUUAAUGACAGCAUCUUCUACUCCAGAUUUGUGGUUCUGUCCAUAUGGAGGUAAUCCGAAGGAGGGACAACAAUUUUUCACGGGGAACCACCUCCUUCUGAAACUUUGCUGUUUAUUGGGCUUUUCGUUGCUUGUAAUUUCACGUACAUGCGACUUCAAACUUAAUUGAUUGGGUUUUGUACCUAGUUGCUCAUGGAAUACUCUACUAUGCUGCUGCAUGAUAACAAUUCAAGGUACCUGCUAUGGGGAAUGGCUUUGUUCUCUCUGUCCUUAAAUAAGGGUUCAAAGAUCAUCUGGCAAUGCUUCCUUUGAGCUAUCGCCUGCAGUGUGGGCUAUUCUAACUGAUCUUGUUUGCUGGAGAACAUCAUUUCAGUUCUCAAGUCAGGAAUGCAGUUGCUUUCACUGUUAAUCAUAGAAAAUAGAGGGUGUCACAGGUAAGAGGCACAGUCCCCAUAAUGUUACCACUAACCUCUUUCGAUUGGUUAUUUUAAGACUACUAGAUCUAUAAGGGACUAUGCCCUCUAUUGAAGAUGAGGACUUUCCUAGAUGAUAUUUUUUGCAAAAGGUAAAGGAGAUUCUGGUUCAUCACAAUGGACAAGCAUCGUGUGGCUAUCCAAGUAGGAGAUUGCAGCAGCUGCAUUAAGAGUUGCACCAACAGGAGUGAUUCCUCAUCAAUCAAGAAUUUAAGGCGAGUGAAGUGGCUGAUCUGAUUUCAGAGUCUCGUUCUUUAUUCCAGUGACAAAAAUUGUAGCAGGCAUCUUCCCCGAGGUGGAACUGAAAUCCUCUGCACCCAUGGUGACUAGAAAAGUGUGCACAUUGGAUUCCCCAAGUAAGAGUUCUCCAACCUUCCUGACAUGCUUAUAAACUGCUUCUUCGUUAAUCAUGGGAGGAUGUGGGAGAUGUCUGUGCUCCAUGAAGUCCAUUGUGACAUUGCACCUAUGCACUGCUGCCUGCAUUUCGAUUAUCUGGAAAGAGAAUGAGCAGACACUGUUUUGUUACUUGACUUCACUGAUUUGAAAAACACAAUUACAAACACAGUAGUAUUAAAUAAGUUAUAAGGGACUCUUUUACCACUUUAAUUCCCCUUGAAGGUUGUGCAGACCUUUUGUGCUUAGACUUCUAAAAGUAACUUCAUAUCGCACUGAAUCGGGAAUUACAUUUCCUGCUUUGCCUCCUUCCAUCGAUCCCACUGUCACCAACUAUUCAUUUUUGGAAAAAAGUGAUGUGAAAUUCAUUGUUUAAACUGCUACUGUGAUGGUCUGGGCUGUGAUAUCUAAUGAACCUGCAAACUAUUAUGAGAAAUAGGAUUUUACUGCAGCCUCAAGGGGAUCAGUCUCUCGUGAUACUAUCUAUUGGAGAGCAACUAUUGCAGAAGAUGCCGCCAGAAGCAGGUCUCUACCCAUAUGCUGGGAUGGGGCAUGGACUCCAACUCCAUGGAUUGUUGCAGAGAAGAGCCCUGCUCCCGCAAGAAAUGGACCAGCUCUUGAAGCAAUCGCAUCCAGUAGGCACUGAGGGCAGAACAUGUAUGCUUAUGAUGGCAUUCAGACCAACGUGACAACUGUCUUGUAACAUAUGGUAAUCACCAGAAUAACCCUCUUCCCCUGGCUGGAAUACAAGCUUGACAGUUCCCUUCAAUAUGUGAACAGCAUAAAUAAAUCAGCACAGAAAUUCAAAAGGAUUAAUCACUUCCAGACUUCGUGUUGCAAUUCACCUCAAGUGUGUCAAUUUUGGCAUGGAGUAACUCGGUGGCACCAAGGGCAAGGAGCAUUGCAACAUGAGAAUCAUGGCCGCAAGCAUGCAUCUUCCCGCCAAUGUUGCUCUUGUGCUCCCACUCUACCUUUUCCUUUGGAACCCAGAAACAUGAAGUCAAAAAGAGUUCAGUAGCAAUUUCAUAUAAUACCCUUUUGUUUCCGAUAUGCAGGUGAAAACCGAGAGGAGAAGAAGAGAAGACCUGAAGAGGGAGGGCAUCCAUGUUGGCGCUGAGAGCAAAAACUGGCUUGUCAUCGUUUCCAUUGGAAGCGACCACACCACAGUGAGCAACUCGCCAUUUAUAAUCAAUCCCAAGUAAAUCAAGCUCAGCUCGAAUGAUCUCACUAGUUCUGUGCUACUCAAAACCUUGCUGUGGAAAAACUCAUGAAUCCUCCGUCUGAUCCCUCUCGUCCACUCAAAGAACUCCGGCUCCUUUGCCGAUAUAAUUCUCUAAAUACACAUAAAACUAAAACAAAUUCAUAAACUACCACACUUAUAAAAAAAUUUUCCUAAAAGACCUAAGUUUGGAGUGGUUCGAGUUUGAAGAACUCGAACUACUAACCGGUUCGAGUGUAGGAGACUCGAUCUAGUCGUAGAUCGAUGAUAUAAGCCUCGAACACCACUCCUUUGAAAUUUCCAACCAUCUUAACUUUGUGCUUGGUUAUUCGAUCGUAGCAAACUUUUUUUUUCAUUUCGCAUAACUUUUUGAGAACUACAACUUUUAUAAUAGAAAUAUUUUCAGAAUAUAUGUGAAAAUAUGAAAAUUAAAGUUAAAGUUACUCCCAGAACCCCUUAUAUUAAAAAUUAUUCCUAUUUUGAAAAUUUAUUCCUAGUAAAUGUUGUAGUACUCAAAAUUAUGCAAAAUAAAAAAAAAAUCUUUGCGACGUUCGGAUUGCGGAGCACAAAGUUAUGAUCCUCCAAAGUUUGACAAAUUCGAAAUUUGCUCGUUUAUGGGUAGCAAAUGACGUUUUCUAGGAAGAUAGCCAUCCAAAAAUUUCUCGUUUGGAAAAAUAUUGCUCUUUUGGCAGAAAUUUCCUAUAUAUAAAAAAAUUUCCCGUGCCUUCACCCCGAGAAAAUGUCAUUUGUUACCCUAAACGAGCAAUUUUUCGAUUUUGCCAAAUUUUAGAGGAUCGUAACUUUGUGCUCCGUAAUCCAAACUUCGCAAUGUUUUUUUUUUAUUUUGCAUAAUAUUUUGAGUACUACAACAUUUACUAGGAAUAAAUUUUCAAAAUAUGA